AUGUUCCUGUCGUGGAAAAUAUUGUGCCAAACCCUUGCGGCGGUCACUGUCGUACAAGCAUCUCAAUCUUCAUCCGAGACAAAAGACCGAAACGGCUUCAAUCGCCGGGUUAUUCGCCCCCGAGGAUUGAAUGCUACGACUGCAGAAAGCGAGGCUGCAAUCGUCAGCUUGACCACUUCCUCCCAUGGCUCAAGCGUUUCCGCUUAUCCACUUCAACAUGUCGAGCUCAAUCUCUUGACAGCUCCGGUUGUGCAGGACUGUGACAGCGGAAACGGAGAACCCGUCACCCAAGAUUGUUCUUGUUCCACGAAACAAUUAGCUGCUCAGGCGAUAAGCGAUGCCAUCACAAUGGUGCAGGCGGUCCAGGAAGUCUGGAACGAUGUUGUGAAUCAGCCGAUCCUAGAGCGAUACAUGGGUGCAGCUGGACCACCGUCGUGUCUGACUUCAGAGGCUUCAACCUUGAUUAACGGUGAGUUUCUCAAGCAGGUGGCAGGAUGUGGGCACUCAUCGCGAACAGCAACCCUGGCAAACCUAGCCAAAGUACAAGAAUACCAAUGGCUACCAUACGACACCCGCUGGCUAAAUGACUAUUCGGGCAGCCAUUCCCAACCUUUUGUCUAUUGUGCAACUGGUGUCCCGCCUCCGCAAUCCGCUGUCACGGUGGAGUGCCAGGAGAAUGGCCCCAUUGGUUGGGCAUACACUUCGCACAGUGAAGCGGGUUAUUCCUCUUUCAUUGGAUUCUGCAACAAUACUUUGGCGCAGCAAGACUUCAUCUCCAGGGCUGCGAUGCUCGAACAGCUAAAAGCCGGUCAAGUAAGCCUGUCAGACGAGCGGCUAGGUGCGAAUUACGGAAGAGCCGCUUUAAGUCUACUCGUGCAGCUUGUACCUUUAAUCAAUAGCCAGAGUGCAAUACAGUUAUUCGGCUAUGAAAAUGUUCUACUCUUGGCUGCGGAUGACGGCUGCAACCCAAAUACACGUAAUUUCAUAAGCCUGAACAAUGCGGAUAACUGGGCGCUGUGGAUCACCACUCUAUACUUUACCAUUGAAACGAAUUCGACUCCCACCACCCCUCUCCUCCCAGUAGCCAGCUCCAACUGCAACGGCCAUGACUCCUUCUGCAAAAGUUUCGUUUCGCCGGGGGACUGCCAGACCGCCGCCAGCAGAUACGGCAACGACACCAUGUACUCGCAGUACACUUCCCAUUGGUUCAACUCUGAAGAUUGGGAAGGGUGCACCGCCAUCUUCCAGUGUGCGAACGGGUACCCGGCUGGCGGGAUCUCGGGCGCCGAGAUACAGGACUACUUCGCGGAGAUCUACACCUCGACCGCGGAUGGGGGUGCGGGUUGUGGGAAAUGUGGGAGCGUAUAUUUGAGCAAUGGGUGCGAGUUCACGUUCAAUGAGUGCGGUUAUCUGAGUUGUCAGACUUGUAACGGGAAGGAUUGCACUCAUCCAUGA